UCAAGGUUAGUACCGCAGGAUGCAGCUUCUUUAUAUACUAUAUUAGAAAAUGGUCAGCGGUAUGGAGAAGCUUUAGCACAAAGGAAGGAACGACUUUAUAACGAUUUACAGCAUGUACAAGAUAGUGACACAACUUCACAUCUUUAUCACUUGGUCGGUGUACAACUAGAUGACUUUCAUGCUUUCGAGUCUCUUGUUUAUGGUAUGCUUAAAGUUUAUGCCAACACUGUGGAAGAGACAUCUACCAAUAGUACCAAAUCUUCACAACAACAACAACGUCUUUAUGAUUAUCGAACUGCUGCGUUACGCUUGACCUAUGAUUUUCAACUUGCCAUCAAAGCAUCUCACGAUCAAUUGCGAUCUACACCUUGGUCUCAAUUGAAAGCUUGGGCGACCACAGAAGAAGAAAACAAGGACAAUGGGAAAGCGGGAUCAAAGGAAUAUGCACCUCAUCAUCAGCAUCAAUCGGACGAUAUAGUGACACAAGGGGAAUCAAUGAAGGACAUUCUGCACUCCAUGUUACAAGAAGUCAGUGAUAAUGCUGAUCUGUUGGAAAAGGAAAUGCAUCAACAUCAUUCACAAUUCACAAAUGGGCAUUUGGAAACAGUUUUUAAGGUAGAAGAUGAAAUACCAUCUAUUGUCACUUUGAUCGAUCAAGACCAAAAUGAGUAUAUCAUGACUCGACCUUUUGAUACAACCAUCAUAUAUGAAGAUAUGCAAUUCUUACACGAUGUCAUUUUGAUCCUAGUGAUUUCUUUUGCUUUUGGAAUGCUCUUUUCAUUUAUUGGGUUACCAGUGACUAUUCUAUUCUUUAUGAUGAUGGGUCUCGUGUUGGGAACAAGUAUCAAAGAAGCUAUCUUUGUAGGUGCCUGUGUUAGUCUCAGUUCUACUGCUGUGGUGGUCAAAGUCAUUCCAUUGGAACAUCUGGAUCAUCUGUAUGGUUUAUUGGUGAUGCAAGAUGUAUUACUUGGUUUUAUGUUGGCGAUCGUUCCUGCGUUGGCGAAAUCAGGUAUUCAAGUGGCUAAAGCUGUUUUAUCGGUUUCCAUGUCCUUUCUCUUGUUUGCUACUGUUUGUUAUGGUUUGGUACGCAUCAUGAUUCCCAGUAUUCCUCGUUUGGUCCAUCGGUUCUUACCGGCUCAUAUUGUCAUCCUUUUACAUGGCAACAUGACGCAUUAUCAUCAUGAACUUUGGCUUUUGGGUUCCUUGGCGGUAUGUUUGAUCAUGUCAUUGGUAUCGGAAAGAUUAGGACUUGGUAUGGAAUUGGGAUGUUUUGCAGCUGUAGUAGUACCGUCAUCAGAAAAUAAUAUUCAUGAAUCUUUAUUAUCAGUGGUGUCACCUGUACGGGAUCUUUUUGCAUGUUUAUUUUUCGCAUCGAUUGGACUUCAUAUCUAUCCUUCAUUUCUUGCAUCAGAAUUGAUCUUACUUUUGAUUUUGACAACAAUGGUGAUGGGCUUCAAGUACUUGGUCACCAUGAGUGUUUUAUUUUCCUUCAAGUUUGAUAUGCAUACCUGCUCUACUAUGUCUGUGGCGUUAUCUCAAAUCUCAGAAUUUGUCUUUGUAUUAGCUUCUCGUGCCAAACAAUUACAAAUCAUCUCUCGUGAAGUCUAUUAUCUUUUAUUGGCUGUUACCUCUCUUACCCUGAUUGCUACACCGCUACUAUGGAAAUUGACGCAUGGUCAUCAACAUCCUCAUCGCCGUCAUCAACAGCAACAUCAUCAUCAUCAUCAUAAACCUUUGUAUCAUGAUGAAGAUAUUGAAUUACAUGAUGCCGACAAAUUUGCAUGA